AUGUCUGAUUCUAUCGUUGCUGUUACAUCGGCCGCCUCUCCUAUUGCCAUUGCACAAGCGGAGAAAAAGGUCACUGUCAAGAAGGCAACUGCCGCCAAAUCGAAAAAAGCUACAGCUCCACCAUCACAUCCGCCAACCCAGCAAAUGGUCGACGCGUCAAUCAAGAAUUUGAAGGAGCGCGAGCCAAAGCCAAAAGUCAGUUCCGUCGAGAAAAGUAAGGCAAAAGACGCAAAGAAAAGUGGUACAGUUAAGGCAAAAUCAACUACAUCGAAGCCUAAAUCGAGUGCUGUAAAACCAAAAACUCCAAAGGCCAAAACUACUACUACUAGUGCCAAGCCAAAGACGACAGCAUCGGCACCGAAAAAACCAAAGGCUGCAGCUUCCGCCAAAAAGGCAAAGACAGCAGUAGUCAAGAAAUGA